UGAGUGUGGGUGUGGAUGUGAGUCUGUAUGUGUGUGCAUAUCUGCUUUUGUAUAUGCAUUGCAGGGUAUGUGUGUGUGUGCAUAUGUAUGUGGGUGUACAUGUGUGCGUGUACCUCUGUGUGUGUGUAUAGAGACAUCAAAACACACUAGAUAAGAGCCCUUAACUCUUCUCCUUCAACCCUGGUCUUUACUUCUCUAUUACAACUGAUGUGGUUCUUACUGUAGAUUCGCAUUGAACAGACCACCUCGUCUCCUAGGAGGGCUGGAGGAGGGAGAGACAUGGUGUUCUUCAGCUGCACAUCUAGCCCUGAGCCUGGCUUCUGCUGCAGCAGCAGAAGUGGCAGCAUCCCUUUGGAACUGGAGGAUGAACCUCCCUGCAUGGAGGAGGUUGAUUACAGUUCAGACAGCAGCUCAGAACAGGAAGGGAACUUGUCUGAGUUGGACCGGAGGAUCCAGGAGUGUGCCUUCAAUAAGGACGAGGGAGAGGAAGAAGAGGAGGCACCGGGGCAGGGAGGAGAAGCCAUCCCAUAGCCCCGAGGUUCACAGCAAGUUCUGUGUCUCCAACCAUUGCAUUGGACAGGCAGCUAUGUUGCUGCUGCUUCAUGAUCAGACACACACAAUGUAUGCGUCAGUGCAAAAAGCCCGCCUGUGUGAACUCAGCAACCCCGUUUCCAGAUUUUAUUCUAGUUUCCCUAUGCAUCGAAGCUGGCCACUUUAUAACAUUUUGCAUGCACAUGUAGGUAGCCCCUGGGGCCUGUGCAAGCUGCCAUUGUGCUUAGAAUGGGACUCCACGUAUGUACCUAUACAACCAUCCUGCCUUAUCUGCACAUGUACCCCAGAACCUAAAGUACAAUUAAUUAAAAAAAAAAAAAGAAAUGUGGCCAAACAAACAUUACUGUACAAUAGUUCCUCCUUAUUAAUCCCAAAUUAAUCCAAGACUUCUAUGAGAACUCCUGGAAGUAGGCGCUCUGUUUUCAUGGUUAUUUCUAUGGUAGAAGAUAUCCAAGUUGAUUGUAUCCUUGCCACAUAAUAGCAUAUAUCCGAAUCUUUUCCAGUACUGCAAAAUGGCAUUUAAUUGCUCCAAUUGCAUGCUCUGGUUACUAGUAAAUAUGAAUAUCUUCAUUAAAACAAACAAACAGAAAGAAUGGGACUCAACGGGUAACUUCAGGAUUACCAUGGAUCCUUUCAAGAUUGUUCUGUUAUUCUCCAUUCCUGUGCUUGAAACUGGAGCGAGCUGGAAGUAGAGGAGUUGGGUUUCUCCUUGGCGUCUCAGCGAGAAUUCUAAGUGGCUAUUUAAGUUGUUCCAUCUAUGAGUGUCAUCUUCUACUGUUAUUUCCCCACCAUGGCAUUUGAGCUCCCCAGAGCAAACCGUGAGCCCCACUGAGACUCUUGAGAUCUGGCAGGGUCUUCAGGUGCUGGGUGCUUCAACAUGAAAAACUGUGCAUCCAAGUACUUGCAGGUUUCAUCCAUGAUGUUCUCAGGCAGCAUAUAUUUUACAUACGUGGUACAAGCCAGAAGCUGCGCUAGACUCUAAGAAAUAAGACAUGGUCACUGGUCUUCACAGAUUUUAAGAUCCUGUGUAUUCAGACCACCAAACAUCAUGCUGGGAAGCAGCAAGACCUACUGGAAAAUUUAUUCAUUUCAGAAUCAGACAGCUGUGGUUCAUAUCCUGUAUCUGGCAGUUGCCUGUUAUAACAACUUAGAAAAGUAAUUAAGUUUCCCUAAACUUCAGUUUUCUUAUAUAUAAAAUGUUG